GGCUUUCGCUGUUGCAUGAGCUGCGGGCGCGUUCAGCAUUUGCGGCAAAACUGCGAGCUAGCAGACACUUGAAUUGCAGCUGCCCCGUGGACGCGCGCGUUUUGUUUGUCUUGUGUUUUUGUGUGUGCGUGUGUGUGUUGGUGUUUGUGUAGUUAGUGUGAAUUUUAUAAAUAAAUCGCGUGGCGUGAAAGUGAAAUGCGUUGCAAGCAGCAUAACUAAGCACAAGUGGAUGCCACACAGCAUAAACGAGACGCAAUUAAGUGAAAAAUUUCUAAAAAAAAAAAAAAAAAACUAAAGCAAGUCAGGUUUUUGUUGUUGUUUAUCUAUUGAAAGCGACGCCGACGUCGACGCCGCUCAACUGGAAGGCGCGGCAGCAUCAAACCGAAACCUGAAACUGAAAUUGAGCGAACAACAAAAACAACAACAACAAAAGCGACGUCCUUGAGCUCAUAAUUAAAACACCUGUUCAAGCGCAACAACAGCUACAACAAAGACAACAAGAGCAUUUACUCUCUCUCUUCUAACUCUCUUCCUCUGAAUAACAACAAAAGAGAGAGAGAGAUGAAUAAUUUCACAACGACAACGGCCGCUGUGCCCAAAAAGGAUGCGCUGCCUCGAUCGGGGCAUGUUACAGAGGUUUGCAAGGAAUGGCUCGUGCGUGAGGACGGCGCCCUGGCCUACAAGCUGCAGUCCCAGGAGAUUAAUGACUUUUAUAAGGGCAAUCGCUAUAGGAACGCGGUGGUGCGCGAAGAUUUCCCCACGGCUCUGCAUGAGCAAAUCAAGGAAACGGAACAGGCCCAGCGUCAGGUGGAGGCCUACAGGAGACGCCUCACCGAACAGGAGGAGCACGAUAAACGCAUUGCCAAAGAAAUUGCCGACAAGCUGGAACGCGAUCUGCAGGAACAGCAGCAAAAGGAGCUGCAGCAGAGCGAGCUAAUAGCACAGAAAAUGCAGGAAAUCUAUGUGAAUCUGCCGCCCGUGCCGCCGCCAGCAACGCGGGACAAGAGCCGCCCGCCGCCGCGACCAGCCAAAGCAAGUAUACGCCAGCAACAGCAACAACUGCAACAGCACGAACCCAAUGGCAGCCUUGAGCCCAGCACCUCACAGCAAGCUAGAUAUCUCAGUCAGCAGCAGCAACCGUUGCAGCUGCAGCAGCAACACUUUUCACAAACAGACAACUAUGUAGGACUCUCGCUUAUACCAAAUAUUAUUGAUAUGCCAGCAGCAGCAACAACACACAGUAGACUACACCCAACACAUGCACCGCACAAUCAGCUGUUGGUGAGUGAUGCUGAACACGCGCCAACAACAGCAGCAACAGCAAUAACUACGGCACAGCAACAGUCACGCCAGCAACACGCACAUCAAUCAGCACGUCGCCCAGCACCAGCUUCAUCCACAUUGCACAGCACCACCUCAUCCCAGCACACGACACCUACACACAUCAAUCAUGAUGAGCUGGUGGAUUAUGCCGAUGUUGCUGACAGCAUACGCGGCCUGUCAGCAGCAACAGCAGCCGCUGCAGCAGCAACAGCAGCAACUGUUGGUGAUGCGGCCAUGCCGCCACGUUCAGCCUCACACGAGAACUUACUGCGUACCGAACCCAAAUUUCAGAAAUUAUCGCCGGAGAAGUACGAUCAAAUGGUGGGAAACUUUGCGCUGGGCAAUGCGAAGGCCGCCGAGCGGCACAUGCAGCAGCAUGCCGAUGAUAUUGAGCUCUAUGUGGAUCCCUGCGAUUAUGCGAGCCUGCGUGAAAUUGGACUGCCGCCGGAGGAGCUGCACGAGCUGAGCAAGAAGCUCAAGCAGGAGCAGAAGGAUGAGCUGCUGGCGCGUCGCCUGCAGGCCAUCGAGAGCAAGGAUAGCGUGCGGCAGGAGAUACGCGAUCGCAUGCUGGCCAUCGAGGCGCAGGACAAGGAACUGGCCAAGAUGCUGCAAGAGCGCGAGAAAGCCAAGAUGAAGCGCGCCAAGGAGAAGGCGCGCCUGCGCAAAUCGCAGCAGAAGGAGGCAGGAGCUGGCGGCGCAGCUGGCAGCGGGGUGAACAGCCUGCUCUGCGGCACGAACGGCUCACAUUGCGGCCCGCUGCUGGCGCUGCCACAGGACUGUCUGUCCGCCGCACAAGCGCCAGCCGACAUCGAUGUGGAGGCCUAUUCGAAUCCCAUAGAUGUGCUGAACAGCAGCCGCGAGCAGCGCCAGCCCAAUGGCACCCUGACCAAUGGCAGCCUUGGGCGGGACAGCGGCUCCUCGCACGGCGGCUCGAUGCAGCGGCAACAGCGACAGGCGGCGGCGGCAGCCAGCAGUCUGACACGCGCCGAGGAUGACAUCUAUACGCUGCCCGUGGACAGCUGUCGGCCGGGCGGACACGUCGCUCAGCGGCCCAUCUCACUGCAUCUGGCCGCGGAGUCCGUGCAGCUGCAGCAGCAGCACAAUUCCAUGACGCGUUCGGAGCACUUUGGCUCGGAGGCGGGCUCCCAUGACAGCACGCUGUCCAGCGGCCACGAUGUCGGGCCGCAUCUCAAGUACUCCAAGUCCGGCAACUUUGGUAUAUAUAUCAAAGCGCCAGCCCCACGCCGCCUUAUAUGCCAAUUCAGGGUACGCGCCGAUCGAAUUCAAGUGAAGAUCGUAAAAAGAAACUGAAGGACAACAAGUGCACGCAUCAGUGAAGGAAGCAGCUGCCCAACCUUUUCUUCAUUUACUAUAAUUAAUUAUUUUCUCCAAAAACAAUGCAAUUGUUCAGCUCACAUCAACUUUCAUAGAUACACACAACUACAAUUUUUAAUUAUAAACUUAGCUUUUGCAUAAGCUUAGAUAACAGAUAAAGAUAACAGAUAACUCAGUUAUGGGUUUAAAAUAAA